UUGUUCACCUCCCGCCGCGCAGGGAAAUGGCCAAUGCUCAAGCAGUCGAGCGCAUUCUACUGCAGGGAGCUAAUGCUACAUUAAGUGACCUCACCUCGACCUUUGUCGUCACAUUCCCCGGACAGGACACGUUUGCGGCUGCCUGUCACUUGUAUAUGCUAUACAACCAAGAGGAGCAAUCUUCCACCAUCUCUGACCCUGCAACGGCUGAAGUUCGUCGGUUCGCCAUUCUUUUCGUCUUGUGCAUUCUGUAUGGACCUGAUACGUUGGAGCAAAAUCCAUUUUUAAGCUUCUUUCUAGAGCUUUUGGAUACCCUCGACGAUGACUCACCUGAAAAACUUGCUGUACAGUGCAUUCUACGCGGCUCUGCUAGUGAGAUGCAGGCACGCACGGCUUUUGAACUAGCUCGAAACCCACACCAAUUGAUACCUAUUAUAACGAUUGAGAGAGACCGUUUGCAUAACUUACAAGCAAUUGAGCAAAAGAUGACGGACGAUGGCAGUCACCAGGAAAAUGAAAGUAUCUCCAUUAUCAAAUCACAAAAUCAAGUUGGUGCAACAGUUAUCCCUAGUGAUGAUCAUACAUUUACGACAUUCAAUACUUCUCUGAUGAAAGAAGCAUUUGAUAGUCCUUUAUCGAUUGCGCAGCAGGAGGACUUGCUUCGGAUGAUGGAAUUGGAUGUUGAAAAAAUGAACGAACAUCUGCCAGCCGAUCGACUUCCGGACCUGAUAGAGCACAACCAGACGAUCGCUACUGAAGCACUUGAAGUUCUUGCUCCUUUGCCCGAGUUUUCAGAUUAUCUUCAGACGUUACUGACCAUCGAAAUUACCACCAACACAAUGGAAGUUGUGCACCGUCUUUUGAUUGGACUUCAUCGUACCUAUGUCCCUGACGAGUUUCUGCAUAUAUACUUAUCAAACUGCAUUCGAUCUUGCGAACUUAUCGAUGACCGUAGCUUACAGAGCCGCCAGGUUCGCUUGGUAUCGGUGUUUAUACAAUCAUUGUUACGGAAUAAUGUUAUCAACAUUUCGGAUUUUCUCAUUGAAAUACAAUCAUUCUGCAUCGAGUUUUCACGUCAUAGAGGAGCAGCGUCUCUCUUUCGCAUUGUCGCAGAGCAAGCAAAUAAUACCGACUUCCUACUAAGUCAAUCUAGCGACCUUGGCGAGUCCAAAUCGACGGGCCAUCCCAUAAUAUAGCAUUCACCCCCUUUCCAUAUAGCUUAGUGUCGAAUUACAAAACCUACCUGCGCCGGAAAUGAAAACAAAAGAAAUGAAAGAGA